AUGAGCGUCAACGCACAAGCUGGAGACAAAGUGGUGCUAGCGUACAGCGGCGGCCUCGAUACGUCCAUUAUCCUCAAGUGGCUCACGAACAAGGGCUUUGAGGUCAUUUGCUACUGUGCCAAUGUGGGUCAGCAGGGUGAGGACUAUGAAAAGGUACGUGCCAAGGCCAUGUCCUUAGGCGCUAAGAAGGUUUACAUUGAGGACUUGCGUGAGGAGUUCGUCAAGCAUUACAUCUUUGAAGCCGUCAAGUCCAAUGCCAUCUACGAGUCACGUUACCUGUUGGGCACGUCACUUGCUCGCCCGGUGAUCGCUAAGAAACAGGUGGAGAUUGCCCAAGCCGAGGGUGCCAAGUAUGUAGCUCACGGUGCCACAGGCAAAGGUAAUGAUCAGGUCCGCUUUGAGCUAUGUGCUCAGGCUCUAGACGCCAAACUCAAGACCAUCGCUCCAUGGCGUGAUGCCGAGUUUAUCGAAAAGUUCAAGGGCCGUGCUGAUCUAAUCCAAUAUGCUAAGGAGCAGAAUAUUCCUAUUGACGCUACCCCCAAGGCCCCCUACAGCGUGGAUGAAAACCUGUACCAUACGAGUUACGAGGCUGGUGUGACAAACCUGACUGCCAAAACUCCUGAGAUCACCAGUGCUUUGGAUCUCUUCUUAGAGCUGAACAAGCUUGCUGGCAAGCACGGAGUUGGACGCAUUGAUAUUGUUGAGAACCGUUUCGUCGGCAUUAAGUCGCGAGGGUGCUACGAGACCCCAGGUGGCACUAUUCUGCGCCAUGCCCACCUUGACCUCGAGGGUCUGUGUAUGGAUCGUGAGGUCAUGAAAGUGCGUGACUCUUUGUCAGCCAAGUUUGCAGAGUUUUGCUACAAUGGCUUCUGGUUCGCUCCGGAGAUGGACUUUGUGCGUAACGCCGUUGACUUCUCUCAGCAGAACGUAACGGGUUAUGUCCAUUUGGAGCUCUACAAGGGCAAUGUCACGAUCAUUGGUCGCUACUCGGACGAGGCGCUGUACAGCGCUGACCUGGCCUCAAUGGAUCAAGAAGGCGGUGGUGACAAUUUCGACUACCACCCAGCUGACGCGCAGGGUUUUAUUCGCAUCAAUGCCACGCGUCUCAAGGCCUGGCGGUGUCGCCCCCAACCCAACAAGUAA